AUGCUCUAUGAAGACGAUGUAUGCCUUUGCCUAUUGGAUAGAAAUCCACUAAGUCAUGGGAUUGCUGAGUUGUUUAUUGUUCCUAAUGAACCUACUCUAACUGAUGCUCCCGAGGCUCCUGUGUCGUCUGAGGCUCCAACUGACCCUGCUCCAACAGAUGCUCCCCAAAUUUCUGAGCUACAUGAGGCUCCAGUUGUCCGUGUUUCAACUGAUGCUCCCAAGGUUCUUGAGAUGUCUGAGGCUCCAGCUGACCAGACUGUAGGGAUUUAA